AAAAAUAUACAAGUACUACAUCCUAUAUUAAAAACCAUAAUAUUAAUACGAGUAAUAUCUCCCGCAAAUCUCUCAAUGUUUGAAGAGUUUAAAACCCUUUGGAAAAUUCUACAAUCCCCCAUUUCCCCCCUUAAAAUUUCUCUCUAUUUUUAUUAAAUCAUUCCCAUACUUUUGACUACUUCCUUAAAAACUUUUUUCAACUCCAAAAAUAACAAACAUCAAAAACACACUCUCCCACUCCACUUUCUUCUCCCUCCCCCCCCCCCCAACCCCCAACAUGACGUCACUUUCCGACAACAAAUUCCCCCAAUUCGACGCAGUUUCUAAUCUUUCUGACCACCAUUUCGCCGGGAAACACCCUAGAACACCCUCAAUGCCAACAACAGCCCAGAAAAAGAUAAUGCAAGAAUGGAAGCUUUUUAAAAAGGACUUACCCGAAACCAUUUUUGUUCGGGCCUAUGAAACCCGGAUGGACCUUCUUCGGGCCGCAAUUGUCGGCGCUCGUGGAACUCCUUAUCAUGAUGGGUUGUUCUUCUUUGAUAUUGCUUUUCCGGUAGAUUAUCCGGCGAAACCACCUUUGGUUCAUUAUCAGUCAUUCGGGUAUCGGAUCAACCCGAAUUUGUAUAAUAAUGGCCGGGUUUGUCUUAGUUUGUUGAAUACUUGGUCAGGUAAAAAGUGUGAGAAAUGGGAUCCUAAUAAAUCUACUAUUCUUCAGCUACUCUUGUCAAUCCAAGCAUUAGUCCUCAAUGAAAGGCCAUACUUCAACGAGCCAGGUAAUGCGGGAUGGGCAGGGCGAACUUACGGGGAGAAGAAAUCUUUGGCAUACAGCGAAGAAGUGUUUGUUCUAAGCUGCAAAACAAUGCUUUGUGUGCUUCGAAGGCCUCCAAAGAACUUUGAGCAACUGGUUACUGAACACUUCAAGGAUAGCGCCGAGUUUAUACUGAAUGCUUGUGAUGCAUACAGGAAAGGGUUAGCAGGAGUUGGGUUAUUCAAUGGGGUUCUGAAGGGAACUAAAGCGGAAGUUUCAGUCAAGUUUAAGGGGGCAGUGAAUCAGGUUUAUGGGGAGUUGAUGGUGGCAUUAUCGAAAACUGGUGCUUCUGUAGACCUGUUUGUCCAACAGUUUAAGGAAGAGGAAGAACAGAAGGCGAAAGAGAAAGCUGCUGCUGCCAAGAACAAAGUAGGUGGAUUUGGGAAAAGUGUUGUUCAGAAGUUGAAGAAGAUCAUGUCUCUGGGAUCAAUAUUGAAGAAGAAGAGUCAGAAAUCGAAGACGAUUCCUGUCUAAGCUGUUUUCGGGCUGCUUGAACAUGAUCUUUAACUAUGUGCAGAUUAUAGUAAAAGAAGAAAGUAGUAGAAAAUUUCUGAUAUGGUACAUACAUAGUAAGUAGGAAUUAAGAUUUGCUUAGUAUAUAUUACUAGUAUGAGUAGUAUUGAUGGUAUUCAAAAGACAUCGACUUGGUUAAGUUAUGGUGGAAUUCCUGAAGAUGGUAGACAAAGGAAGAUUCGGUUUGAACAUUGAAAACUUAGUUUGCGUUCAAGUUUGGAGAAGUGAGCAGUUUAUCAAAUCAUCAGAAUUGUUGUUGCAUGAUUCGAAGGCGAUUCUAAUAAGUGUAAUAACACAUUGUGAUGAUUACAAUUUUCAAUGACACGAUUUACUCUAGAAUGCAAUGUGAAUUGGUGAAGUGUUGAGGAUAUUACCGUCCUCCAUCCGUCCCUUGUUUACAUGCCUACUUUCCUUUUUGGGGUUUCAAAAUUACAUACUUUUUUGGGGUUUCAAAAUUACAUGCCUAUAUCUAUUUUUAUUUUAAGAAUGUACUUUUUGACAAUAUUCCCUCUUUUUUUUUUUGAAUUGUCAUUUUUUUUUUUGUACUUUUGACAUUAUUUACAACAUUUUCUCUCUCCAUCUCUUUAAUAAUUACCAACUACCUUUUCUUUCUCUCUCUAACCCCACAUGCAUAUUUGUACUUCCCAAUCAUGGCUUUUAAGUUUCUUAAUUCUCGUGUAAAAUGAAAAGUAUGCAUGUAAAUAAGGAACGGAGGGAGUAGUACCCAAAAACUUUGUAUAAAUUCUUUUGUUUGCUAUGGUUAUACAAUUAUUAAAAUAAUUUCCUCCAAAACUAUAAAUGAUGUCAUCAUUUUAUGAUUUUUAUUAUUUUUUUUUAUUAAAAUUCCAGUCAGAUAUAUUAUUAUUAUUAUCAAUUUCCGAAAAAGAUUAUAUUCUCUCUAACAAUAAUAUAUAAUAUAUGUUUUCUUCCUCCUCAAGUACUACCCCUUUCAUUGCAUCAUUCAGUUUUUCUAUGAUCCCUAAUUUUUCUUUUUUUUUUUUUUUAAAUAUUUGACGUAUUUAUUUGGAAUUUUUUGUUAUUUUUAAUUUUAAUAUGAAAAAAUAAACAAAUUUAGAAAACUUUAUUUGUUCAGAUCAUGCAUCACAUGAGACUAAUCUAGUUAUACAUAC